AUGACGCUAAGUAGUCAGGCAGUGGAACGGGAUUCAAUGGCGGCAUACCUGCCAUGCAUCGGAGCGUUGUGUUUAAGAUCAAUUUCUGAACAACAAAGAAAUUUCUGUGCAGUGGACUGUUCCGACUUUUAUUUACUCGGUGAUCACAAUGACGGGUCGGGACUCAACCAGCAUCAUGGCAGGACCAGCACACCAGUGGGUUUCGCUUUGGUCCGCACCUUGGAUGCCUGUGACAGCUAUGCAAGUGUGGUCAAUUUGGCAAUUGCAAUCCUUACACCAACAGUGGUUCAACUGCACAUGCUACCCGGAUAUGAACCAACCUCACCGCAGGAUUGGGAUUUAAGAGAUGGGACAGAUGGGUGCAAGAGGCCGCAGGGUUCGCCGUCCAUGUGCAGGAACGGCAAGGAUUUUGUGAAGAUGGAAAAUGUAAAGGUUCCAGACACGUCCUCUAUAAAAUUGGAGAAUAAUUUGAGCUUAGAAGCGUGUGAGGAGGAGUGCUUGAAGAACUGCUCGUGCUUGGCAUAUGCGAGUGCAGAUGUGAGGAAUGGAGGGACUGGAUGCAUGACAUGGUAUAGAGAUUUGAUGGAUACUAAGCAGUUCACAGAAGGCGGGCAAGAUUUGUACAUUCGCGUUGAUGCAGUAGUUUUAGCUCAGUAUAAAAACAAGUCAGGAGGAGGGUAUUUUUCCGGGAGAAGGCGACUUGCUAUUAUAUUGGUAGUGUCAAUUUCUGUCGCCUCAUUGCUCAUCCUCGCAGUUCUAUAUUGGUUCAGGAAAAGGAGAAGGAAAGGGAGAGGAGGAGAACCCAGAUUUCUGAACGAUCCCGCUGCUUCUCGUGUACGAAGCUAUGAAGAUUUGCCAACAAAAAAUGAGGUUGAUGAACACAGAGGAGACACAGAUUUACCUUUUUUCGAUUUAACCACUGUGGUUGCAGCCACAGAAAACUUCUCUUCUGCUAACAAGCUUGGACAUGGCGGCUUCGGCACGGUAUACAAGGGAUGUCUAGCUGAUGGACAGGAUAUAGCUGUCAAAAGAUUAUCGAGAAAUUCAGGACAAGGCGUAGAUGAAUUCAAGAACGAAGUAAUGCUUAUAGCAAAGCUUCAGCAUAGAAAUCUUGUUAGGCUUUUGGGUUGCAGCAUAUAUAAAGAAGAGAGGAUGCUAAUCUAUGAAUACAUGCCGAAUCGCAGCUUGGACUUAUGCAUUUUCGAUAAAGACAGAAAGUCGUUGUUAGAUUGGAGAAAGCGGUUUCAAAUUAUCAUUGGGAUUGCUCGAGGCGUCCUAUAUCUUCAUCAAGAUUCGAGACUAAAAAUAUUCCACAGGGAUUUGAAAGCAAGCAAUGUUUUACUGGAUGGUUCAAUGAAUCCAAAAAUAUCACAUUUUGGCAUGGCAAGAAUGUUUGGGGAUGACCAAAUUGAAGCAAACACGAAUAGAGUUGUUGGCACCUAG